GGUGAGAAACUUUGACAAAUACACUGUAAAAAACAUAUCCACCUCUGGCAUGGUGCGAGGAAUUUCACAAAUUGUGUAAAAAGUUAGUUUAAGCAGCAGAUUGCAGGUAAAUCAUGUCCGGAAGCAAAGUACCUAAGGUGUCCAAGGAUGAGGAGGUGGAAUCCGACGCCAGCAUGGACGAUAUCUACUCAGGAAACGAGAAGCUCCAAGUGGAUUUUGAGGGCAGAAAUCCCAUCGACAGUGACUUCGAUGGCAUCAAGCAGAUGCUGAAUCAACUCUUCCUCAAUGCCACAAUCAACACAAAUGAGCUGACAGACCUGCUGAUUGCCCAGAACUACGUAGGCAGCGUGAUCUGGCAGAGCGAUGUGGACGACGAGGAGGAUGAGAGCGACAUGGAUGACUCGGGACUGAUAUUUGGCAUCACCUCAGUGCUCAACAUCAGCCAGAAGCUGGAGAAGGAGAGCAUAAAGCAGAUCAGGCAGUAUUUGCUGGAGAAAUCACAAAGUGCCGCCGAUGCUGCCGGAAAGCUGAAGGAGAUCCUGGAGGAUGUUGACCAUCCCGUGGGUUUCCUCGUCAACGAGCGCUUCAUCAACAUCCCUCCAAUGAUUUCUAUUCCACUGCUGGACAGCCUCCAGAAGGAGAUUAAUCGCGCUGUGACGAAAAAUAUGCCCUUCAAGUUCGAGUAUUUCCUCAUGAUCCUCAAGUACUACAAGACAGACGCCAAGAAGAAGUCCAAAAACUUCGACGAAGUGAAUUUCUCCAAUCCCGAGGAGGAGGUAAUCGCCAAGGAUGCGAUUCUGUCCUUUGACUAUUCCGUGGCUGAGGCGGACACAGGAUUGACCGGCAAUUGGCUGGAAGACGACGUCGCUUUGACUCCCUACAGGAAAGUCAUUGUGUUUGAGGCGAGAAAACUGCCGGAAAUUGUUGGGAGAAUCAAGGAAUUUGUUGAAUAAAAGAGACAACCCCCCAAAA